GCCUUCUGUGCUGUUCUGUGGGACGUAGCUGCGGAGUCAGGCCAACAUGAGUGAGAGACAAAGUGCUGGAGCGACCAACGGAAAAGACAAGACUUCAGGAGAUAAUGAUGGGCAGAAGAAAGUCCAAGAAGAGUUUGACAUCGACAUGGAUGCACCAGAGACAGAGCGUGCGGCUGUGGCCAUUCAGUCUCAGUUCAGAAAAUUCCAGAAGAAAAAGGCCGGAUCACAGUCUUAGUGGGGAAGCUGCUUCCUAGGCAAUCCGAAGACACCAAGUUCAACCACCAUCCAUCGGAAGAGACGAGAAGAACAAGACCCUAGAGAGACGUCAUCCGCACAGCAUACACCCCGCUG